ACGUCAAUUCAACCCUCGACAUAUUUAAAUACAUAGGAUAUCAUCCCUGUCUGGAAAUUGAUAAAUUCUGUGUACAAAUAAACAUUUAUUAUUAUUAUUUUAUGUCGUAAUAUUAACCUUGACGAUUGAUGUCAAAGAUGGCAGCGCCCACUGGUGACAUUUCGUGAAACCGUGCUUUUUCAUGUGUCACUAUGUUUUCAAGAAGAACUCUUGUGGCUGUUUUGGCACCAGUGAAACACCUACGGUGUCUAAGUAAACAGUCAGCAGUUGGUGAACAAAAAGUUACAUCAUUGCUGGGAAAAGAUUAUAAGGUGGAUUCCUGGACAAAUACCACACCCUCAAUACUUGAAAAAGUUGGAACAAACCUCCAUACACAGAAGGAUCACCCAUUGUGUUUGUUAAAUGAACGUAUUAAAACAUUUUUUUACAAAAGUUUCACCAAGCGUGGCAAUCCAAUAUUUUCUGUGUAUGACAAUGAGAGUCCAGUUGUAACACUUAAGCAGAACUUUGAUAAUCUGUUAGUUGAAGAAAACCAUCCUAGCAGAAACCAAGCAGACAGUUAUUAUCUGAAUUCAGAAUAUAUGCUAAGAGCUCAUACUACUGCACACCAAAGAGAGUUCAUAAGAGCGGGAUUGAAUUCCUUUUUGAUUUCGGGAGAUGUAUACAGAAGAGAUACCAUAGACAAAAGUCAUUACCCAGUCUUCCACCAGGUAGAUGGGGUUAAGCUCUUCUCCAAGACUGAGCUUUUUGGUGAUCAUGUUAGUAAACCAGAUUUGCUGGAGUUAUUUGGAGACACCGAGUUAUCUCCCCACAAUCAGGCGGGACACACGGUGGAGGCCGCCCUCACUGUUCAAACCCAUCUGAAAAACACGCUGGAGGAUCUUGCUUCUGCUCUGUUUGGAAAAGACAUCAAGACUCGUUGGGUAGAUGCAUAUUUCCCAUUCACCCACCCAUCAUGGGAGCUAGAAAUCUGGUACCAGGAUGACUGGCUAGAGGUUCUGGGCUGUGGUGUCAUGCAACAACAGAUACUGAAUGAAUGUGGAGCAGACAGCAAGGUCGGUUGGGCGUUUGGAAUGGGCAUGGAGCGACUUGCCAUGAAGCUGUAUAAUAUUCCAGACAUUCGGCUGUUCUGGAACAAAGAUCCACGAUUCUUGGAUCAGUUCAAAAGUGAUGACCCAGAUAAACCAAUCACAUUUCAGCCGUUCAGCACCCACCCACCAUGCCACAACGAUAUCUCUUUCUGGGUUCCUACUGGAUUCCAGGAGAAUGAUUUUUAUGACAUAGUGCGAUCCUGUGGGGGAAACAUCGUCGAACAAGUGGAACUUAUCGACGUCUACAACUACACAAAGUUACAGAAGACGUCACACUGCUACCGGGUUAUUUACCGUCACCCGAGCCGAGCUCUACAGAGUGAAGAGGUAGAUGAAAUAACAAAGCUUAUCAAGGCUGAAGCAGAGACAAGGUUGAAUGUCACACUACGAUGAUAGGGAUGAUGGUUAUUGAAAUACUUGUUUUGUUUAAAACUGACUUGUGAUGAUUAAAAGAUUUAUUAUGUUAACAUUCAUGAAUGUGUCCUUUUUAAAUGCAGUUUUAAACAGUAAUGUAGAUAUGUUUCUAGAAUUCUAUGGAUCCCAUCUGGAACGCGUUUUAUUAUCUUUAGAAUAUAAAAAAAGAAGUAUU